CACACAGUAUACAAUGGCCCAACUGGACAACCGAGUCCCCGGCCACAACGAUGCCACCUACGACACCGUGCCUGAAAAUGACCAGAUAUUCAAGAUCGAGUUCCUUGAGAUCGCUCCGACUCCUAUUAUCGCUGACCGUGUCUUCUUCGUCUACCUCCGCGGUUGUUUACCCGAGUCUAAGAAGAAGGAGCUGGUGCUUCCCGACGAGGCUCUUAUUAAUGCAACUCUGAAAAUAAGCGCCUCUGUUGUCUACCCGGAUGGUAGUCACGAUGAUGAAGACUCUACUACAGGGCCAUUAAAGACUACACCCUUUAAUAAUCUAGCUCAUCUUACUAUUCGUGAUACCUUUGGGGUUCAGGUUGACUAUAUGCCCAGUAGCAACUGCAGUGAGAUUUUACUAGAUUUCCAAUUUCUUACAAUGUUUUUAAGGACUGGAAUGUGGACUUUUAAGGUCGAUGCGCGAGCUGGAGAUGCAAACAAUACAUGCCUGUUUGCUAUGAAAUUAACACAAUGGUUAGAGGGAAGACUAAAUUAGGAGGUGCCAGGCGUGGACGCUCAAGGUGUCGCGUGGCAUGAGGUUGUCAACUACCUUGUUGAAGGGAAUGACUUUUACUCCGGCCUUUACAAAUACAGUGGCGCUUGGGACGACACUAGCAAAGCCAAUGCGGAUUGGACGUGGACCUCUAUCGGUGAAGCGACCCAGUCUCAGGAUGGUUACACAUAUACUUGGAGUGUCCCACUCGCUGGCACUGAUGCUGUAGCCAGCAAGUAUGUGAUACAGGGUCAAGGGUAUGCCCCAAUCAAGAAUAUAUUCAAAGGGACCCUUUAUUCCUACCGUGCAUUAUGAAC